UAAUAAUACCUUAUUACUCUCUUGCAGAAAUAGAUUUUUUCUGCAUUAACCCGGUUGCGGUGCUCCGGGGAGCUGAUGGCGGCUGGGGGUCACGGUGUUGACCUGUCUGCUCUGUGACUCAAACCAGCGAAGUCGCAAACCCCCGCUUUCUACGACCACUUCCCGAGCCUCUAGGCCAUCGCUGCCCUAAUUAAAGAUGAGGGAUCUGCACAGAAACAACCUGCUAUUUGAGAAAACUGUGUUUGAGUUCACCAGCACGAAUCACCGCUGGAAACUGUUGUGUUGAGGUAUUAAAGCAGCCGUAUCCCUUCCUUCACCUCGUGCGUGUGAAGUGCUGGCACGGCGACGGUCGGCGUGGAACCCGACCCUCGUCCUCUUUGUCGUCGCCGCGGCGUCGGGUCAAACGGUGUCGUGUUCACCCCGCCUGGGCGUGGGCGCGUCGGGCCGUCACGCAGGUAAUGGAAAGACACAGCGAGGUGUGAGGUGAUCACAUGUCGAGGGAUUGUGGGGCCGUGCGAGCGACCGCGGCCUGAAGUCAUGAAUUAGUAAAGCUCGACCGACACAUUUUCAAACACUGUGUGAUCCUCGGAAAUGUGCAACAGACACUUAUGAAGCAACCCAAGGUGUAAACACCACUUAUAUUUCUUCUUAUACAACCAAACAGAUGAACUUCUUCUGCUGAUCCUCGUAACGAUCGUGUUUUCAUGGCGGACACACUGUACCACUGAAGAUUAUGUUCUGAUUUCACCACAUUCUGUUUUCUGUUUUCCCAAAGCCAUGCCUGUAAAACGAGAGGACUUCAUGCCCCACUAACUGAAAGAUGCCCCGUCGGACUGGUUUCUGUUGAAUGGACUCAGCGAGAGACGCUCAGAUUUCACCAGAAAAAUCGCCGCAGACGACAAGAAGAGUGUGAAGGAAUCCGAAGGAGGAGACGUCAACCUUUAACCAUGUGUGAGGGAGGAUGUGGCUAAUGGAGUUUGAUUGGGGAAAAAAAUGGACAGGUCCAACCAGUUCAUUUGCAGUCGGCGGCGACGCCACGGCGGUCAUGGAUUAUUCCGCCUACUGCGGCCGCUGCCUGCUCUUCUUCUUCCUGGCCAUCUUCAUGGACGCAGUGGGCUUCAUCAUCUUCCUGGUGGGGGUCGCCGCUCCCAUCAAGUCCUGGGACUUCUUCGUGCUGUCGGGGCCGCUGCUCAUUUUCCUCAGCCUGGUGUUCUGGAUCUUCUGGUACCUGGGGAAUCUGGAGGUGCCGGCGGAAGACUUCCUCCCCAGAUGAAUUUGUUUCUUCAUGGCUGAAGGAAAGAACUAAAGCAGGUGCGGUUCUUUGUAUUGAAGCUCAACGCAAACAUGUUGGGUUGAUGGAACUUGAUACUGAAGAGUCCGUUUCGUCUGCAGGGGGACAAGGUCUCUCCAUGCUUCCAGACAUUUUGGGAUUUAACUCUGAGAGGACGCUGGAUGCAGAGAACCUCGCACUGCUGCGAACUUUGGUAGGAAGAGGACGAACGCUGAGGCUGAAACUCCAGCGUCUGAUUCCGAUCUUAGUCCAGUGUGGGGGAGACGGUGCAAAACUUGACCGUCAACUUUCAGCUGAAAGCUCAUCAGAUAAGCACAAGCAUUCACAAACGUGCCAGUUUCUGACUAAAGGAUUCCUAUUGUCAAUCAUUUAUACUUUGUGUCAAUUUUCUUUUUGGAAUCGAUUUGCUCGUCUCAUGUGUUUACUAACAGCAUUUCUGUGACAUUAUGUAGUGUUAUUGCUACUCUUCUGCUUGUAUUUUCUUUGCAGUUGUUUUGCUAUUUUGCUUUUUACUAUCGUCCUAAAUCAACAGUUAAACCAGGAUGUGGUACCUGUCUAGCAGGAUGCUGGAAAUUACACAAAGCAACAAUAAAACCCUGUUUGUUAUCAGA